AUGAACUCGCAACACGAUGUCUUUCUUACAAACAGGGUAUCACUGUUGUACCUUCGGGUUCCGGUGGCUUUCCUCCUUCCUCAACGGCUGGCGAACGUUGGUAUUGGAAUGGACACGAUCUUGCAUCUCCACUUGUUAUUUAUCGUUUCAAGAUCUAUACAUGUUCCCGAACGCAAAAUUACCCGUGACAGGCCGUGUUCGGUUACGCAUGCAAGCGGAUCGAGCGAAAAUACCGGCUUCACGACAACUCUUCAUAUUCGCACGGCAACCUUUAUGACAGAUUCUUUACGGAAUCACAAAUAUAUAAUCGGCCUAAGAAUUAACAAUUCCAUCAUGCGACAACAAAAGAAUAAACUUCCAUAUGGACGACUUACCAAUUUUGAAAAUGACACAAGCAAGAGGCUGACAUGUUACCCGCCUGUACAUUAA